AUGGGAGUGUUUAAUAAUUUUCUAAGUCUUAUUAAAAUUAAUAAAGAAAAAAUGACGGUAUUGGUGGUCGGUCUAAACAACAGUGGCAAAUCGAGUAUAAUACAACAAUUUAAAAGGCGAAAUGAUAGCAAUUCAUAUAUUUCCAUACCAACUGUGGGAUUUACACAUGAAGAAUUUUAUAGUCAAGGAGUUCAAUUUUCUGUUAUUGAUAUGUCCGGUGCUUGGAAAUAUAGAAAUUUAUGGCAGCAUCAGUUUAAAAAUUGCCAAGGUUUAAUAUAUGUAAUAGAUGCUAGUGAUAAAAUGCGUAUGGUUGUUGUCAAAGAAGAAUUGGAUAUCCUAUUGCAACAUCCGGAUUUGAUAAAUCGCCCCAUACCGAUAUUGUUUUAUGGCAAUAAAAGUGAUUGUGAUAAUUCUCUGUCAAGUGUCAAUAUUGCAUCAGCUCUUGAACUUACCUCAAUUUGUGAUAAACCCUGGCAUAUCUGUUGUUGCAGUGCCAAAACCGGUGAUGGCUUAGAAGAGGGCGUACAAUGGCUGAUACAACAAAUCAGAAAUUUAACACAUAAAAAGGAUAAACAUAAGAAAAAAUAAU